AUGACGGUAGCAUUGUGGUUUAUGCCACAAACAAACACACCGGUAUACGAAACGAUCCACUCGCUGAUUUUGUCGUUGCAAACGCUGUUCCCCGAUGCAGCGUAUUUUGAGCCGCAUUUGACGAUUACAGCACAACUCAAGUGCGAAACACAAGACCAGGUAAACCAGGUGCUCACAUCAUGUGUCGCGGCCGUACAGGCAGUGCGGUCAGCGGUGCGGUCUAGCAAAGAGCCACUAGUGACGUUCCGUGGCGUCAGCGUUGGAAAGCCGUACUUCACCAAGGUCAGAUUGGUAUGUGAACACAACAAGUAUCUGAUGGGCAUUGCGCAGAUCAUGCGCGAGCUCUACGUCGCAGAUGGACCUGAGCAAGCGUCCCAGUGGCUGCAGGAGACGUUUCGACCUCACGUGUCGCUUGUGUACUCGGAUAUGUACUACGUGAAUCAGGCGUUAGAGCGGGUGGUGGUACAGCGCAUUGAGGAUGCACUUGACCUGCAGAUGCAUUCUAACGCGGCCAUGGACGACCAGGACCAGUCUGCGUGGCUAUUUGACCGCCCAUUGACCGGGUGGGGGCUGCCGGGCACUUUCAAGGUCGUGCGAUGCGAAGGACCGGUCGACGAAUGGGAAGUGCUGGGAAGCGUCGAGGUGUAG